UAUAGGAACACCAGCUUGUAAUGCUGAAUAUGGGAGUUGCAAAUGUACAGUGGUUAGAGAAUGGGAUAAGAAGGGACGUCACAUGAGCUACCCAAGAUUUAAUUGUCUUCGAAGGACUAAUGAAAAUUUUCGCAAUAAAACGGAUGAAGGUCAUCACAAGGAAGACACGCCUUUGACAGCUUUACCGAUUGAUAUGGUCGAAGACUUUGUAGUCGCAGACUCGUUACAUCUAUUCGAUUUAGGUAUCAUGCGUAGAUGUUUAUAUGGAUGGCGCGAAGGAAGUUAUAAUUUCCGGACAAAAUUAUCAAAUACUCAAGCCGAUGAAUUAUCAGAAAUGCUAAAAGCAUUCAAAUUAGUCGGCGAAUUCUUGAAUUGUCAACAAUGA